UGGAACUGACCACUGCUCUGGUGCAUGUUGGGAAGUCAAUGGCGGCGCCCUAGUUUGAAAUUUUCUACGAAAUCGGUUUUGUCGUCUAAAACAGGUUUAAAAUGCGCGUUUCCCCGUAGGAUCGCCCAAUAAAGAGACAAUUCUACGUGUUCUAACUCUAGAACGCAUUUUAAGGUUUUCCAACGUCAACAAUGCCCUUUAAUAGUACUGCAAAUGCAACUUGAAUGUAAGCUCAAAUUUGUGGGAGGGGGGAAAGUUUUGGUUCACGAGAUCGUUGUUUCGAAAGUUGUAACAAAACCACACGAUGUCCCUAGUGACUGUACAGCUGGGACAGUGUGGGAACCAGAUAGGAGGUCAGCUGUUUAACACUGUGGUAGAAGACGCGUACGGAAAAGGCGGGCUUGGAUGUACUAAAAAAGAGAACACGCUCUACCAAGAUGCAGUUCUUGAAAGGUUUUUCAAUACAGAAGAGCCCUCUGGUGAGACAAGGGUGUCCUGCAGCCAGCAGGCGCUGCCCACAGCCCGUGCUGUCAUGGUUGACAUGGAACCAAAAGUCAUUCAACAGACUAUCCAGGAAUCAAAGAAGUCAGGAAAGUGGAGGUACUGUGAAAAGGCACAGUUCUGUCAGAAACGUGGGUCGGGCAAUAACUGGGCACAUGGCUAUGGUCACCACGGACCCAAAGCACGGGAUGCCGUCAUGGACAUCGUUCAGCGGGAAGUGGAGAAGUGCGACAGAUUCGGAGGGUUUCUGUCGUUAAUGAGCCUCGCGGGAGGUACGGGAUCUGGAGUCGGCGCAUACCUUACUGAGUGUUUACGAGAAGAAUAUCCGCACUCCUUCCUCGUUAACCAAAUCGUGUGGCCGUACGGUACGGGAGAGGUUAUUGUGCAGAACUUCAAUGCCGCGUUGACAUUAUCACACUUGUACCAGUCUGCAGAUGCCAUCAUUGUCUUCGAAAACGACAACCUCCACAAGAUCUGCUCCCAGCUUCUUAGCAUCAAGAACAUAUCAUUUCAGGACAUCAACUCGGUUAUAAGUCAGGAGCUAGCGAGUGUCCUGCAGCCAGCUGCAUCUGGAGACUGCAGUAGGACUAACUCACCCGGAGAGCUACUAGAACGAUUGGUGCCUGAUCCCCAGUACAAACUACUGAAUGUGAGAACUAUUCCACAUACAUCGGAGAGGGCACUGGCCUUUAGUUCGUUCACCUGGCCUGGACUACUCAAGCACCUGAGGCAAAUGCUGAUUGCAAACGCUGGGAUGGAGGAAGGAGUUGACUGGCAGGUCAAAGUUCAUUCCCGCGACCGCAGGUUGUCCUCCGCUGAUUUCAUAUCCUCCCUCGCAAACGUUCUCUUCCUGCGGGGAAAGCAUUGUGAGUCCACGGACAUCUCUCCCUUCUCGGACCCGCGGCUCUACAGCUCCUGGGUGCCGCGUGAUGCAGCUUGUUCCGUCUUCCGGCAACAGCGACCCUUUCACCACUACGAGAAGUACGCGUCAUUGCUGAGCAAUAGUCAGGCUCCUGUUGGUCCAUUGGAUAGUCUGGUGGGGAAGGCUUGGAACAUGUUUGCAUCCAGGGCAUACGUUCACCAGUACCUGAAGUAUGGAAUAGCAGAGGAAGACUUCUUAGACAGUUUUGCCACCUUGGAGCAAGUUAUCAGCAAUUAUUCCAACUUAUGAAUGAAUGAUACAGAAUGGAACAGUAAGAAAUAUAGGCAUUUUUCUGUACAUGUGAAAUGUAGCAAUGAAAUAGCAGUAUGAAACAUGUAUGUUUCUAGAGGCCAUAUUCUGUUCUUGGACUGAAAAUGAUAAUCUGGAAGCUGAUGUAACACUGUCUGGCCACAGGAAACAACAACAAAAAAUCAUAACAUUAACAACUCAGACAUUGAGAUUCUUAUGGAGAUACAUACAACUCAAAAGAGACACAUUUUGAGAUAAAUAACUGAUUGGAUAUUAUAUUGAAGCUUAUAUUAAAUCAGAUCAUGAUUUGCAGCUGCUAAUUAACUUUGUACACAAAGAUUUCUUUCAGCAAAGUAUGAAUUAUUACCAUAUCUGUAAAUCACUGCUGUAUCAGGUUUGUAUAGUAAGAACUGUGAGGUUGAUCCUACAGUCGAGAUGCAGAGAGCAGAGACCCCUAUCAAUGUGUCAAAUAACUGCAUAUCAUCAAGGCUUAACCCCAUGGAAUGUCUUUCCAGCAUCAAUUUUGUUAAUCUCUAAGCUGAUGUUUAUUUUUACUGAUGAUUCAA